AAGUAUCCUGGUUCGCCGACCGUGUCAUUUCACACUCCGGACGCUGAAGCUCCUUUGACGUCGGCUACGUCCGUGCAAAGUCAGACUUUGAGGAGCUAUACGAGAGCAUCUCUCGGUCGACUAUCUAACCACUUUUCUAACGAUCCGGACAAACCCAAGAAAAAGUCAAAAAGAGGACUGAGAUACACCGAUGUGCAGUUGACGCGAUCGCUAAUGGUGGUCACAUGGGUGUUCAUCGUGCUUAACAUGCCCAACUACAUCUACAGAAUGGCGACCAACAUCUUAGGUCUGGAUAAU